AAUUAGUUGCAACCCCUUUUCUACAUCCAUGGAAUCACCUGUUGUUGUUGUGCGAAUUGUUAUCAUAACGCAAACAACUUGAUAACAAUUAAUUGUGGCAUUAUGAGCAAAGCGGGCAAUAUCAUGCGUCUAGUCCUUCUACAGCUGAGGGGUUCCAAGGACAAGACGGCCAAUGUCCAAAACGCCGUCAACAAAAUCGAGGCUGCGGUAAAGGUACACAAGCCUCGUUUAAUCACCCUUCCCGAGUGCUUCAACGCUCCCUACGGCACUAAAUAUUUCCGGGAGUACUCCGAGAGCAUCCCGGAUGGGUUUACCUCGCAGCAGCUUUCCAGUCUCGCCAAAAAACAUCAGGUUUACAUCGUAGGAGGGACUAUUCCGGAGCUUGGCGAAAAUGAUGCAAUCUAUAAUACGUGCACUGUGUGGUCUCCCACAGGAGAUCUUAUUGCUAAGCACCGCAAGAUGCAUUUGUUCGACAUCGACGUAAAGGGUGGAAUCCGCUUCAAGGAAUCCGAAACUCUGUCCGCCGGCAAUGACUUCACCACAAUCGAAGUGGACGGCCAUAAAAUCGGCAUUGGCAUCUGCUACGACAUCCGCUUUGAGGAGAUGGCACGCCUCUAUCGCAAUGAAGGUUGCAAGAUGAUCAUCUACCCAGCGGCAUUUAACAUGACCACUGGUCCACUUCACUGGGAACUUCUGCAGCGAAGUCGAGCCAACGACAACCAGCUCUUUGUGGUAACGACUUCUCCGGCCAGGGAUACCAACGCCGAGUAUGUUGCGUAUGGCCAUUCCAUGGUCGUCGAUCCCUGGGCCAAGGUGCAGGCAAGUGCCGGUGACGGUGAGGAGCUUGUGGUGGCGGACGUUGACUUCUCCCUGGUGGAUCAAGUGCGUCAGCAAAUUCCCGUAUUCAACCAGCGUCGUCUAGACCUAUAUGCCACCGAAAAGAAGUCGAAAUAAUUUACAUAAUCCGUGGACUUUAAUGGAUUGUAUAAUUAAAUAUAAAAUUUAUUAGACCUAA